CGCAGCCUGCGUAAAUUGGACAGCUUCGAAGUCCACCAUUGCACUUCUAUCCACAUCACCCAUUGCCCAUUUUUUUCAACGCUACAAUGGCAGACGAUGACGACAGGCGUGAUAGCCAUCGCGGACGUAAUCAUGGAGGUGGCGGCGGCGGCGGUGGUCGCAGCUUUCACAAGCGCAAACGUGGUCGAGACGACGACGAUGAUGGCGAAGGCGCGCGCCAUCCACGAUCACGACAGGAGCCUCCACCAGGAAGUCGACUGAAGAGAGGUCUUUUGGAGAUUGCGGAAGAUCACGGUCGCCUGCCACACGAAGUUGCUGCCAACCUCGCCAAACUCGCUGCAGAUAAUUACGGCGAUGAAUAUGUAAAGAACACAUUCAUCACUGUAAUCCUGAAACUCGUGGUUGAGCAGCCGUUCAAGAUUCCGUUCGUUGCUGCUGUGGUGCUGUAUGCCAAUGUGGAAAAGUUAGAAAUCGCACAGGAUAUCAUCACCAAGGCUGGCGAGCAGACCCAAGCUGCCCUCAACGCAGGUUCAUGGCGAGAGUUCAAGCUUCUAUUGAGGUUUCUGGCGUGCUUGACGCGGCUGUACGAGACUGACGGCAUUAUGCCAAUACUCGAUGAGCUAUUCAGCCGAGCCGCGGACUUGCAAACCGCCUCCUCAGAAGAUUCUGUCGGUCUUGAGCUUGUCAAGAUCAUCCUCCUGACCAUUCCAUACUUGUUAGCAUCCGCUGCGGACACUACAAAACCCCUCGAGGCCCAGCGUGCACGAACGACGGAUCUCGAAGCGAAGGUAGCUGAACUGCUGGAAAAGACGGACAUCAUUGCAUCGACAAGUUCUACGCUAGAAGCUUUGGUCGACCCAUACCCAGUAUCAGAAGGGUCGCAGGAAAGCAGGCCGAUGGCUUGCGCUAGUGUCAUCUCUCUUUUGCAGGCCCAGCUUGUUGGCGAACAAGCAAGUGAAUGGAAGCUCGCUUGUAUUCCUAGGGUAUUCCAGCUCAGCCACAAAACUUCCGGACAGGAGAGUGGAACCGAGGCAAAUGCCAAUGGCGAUAGCAGUGCGAAUGACUUUGCAAAGCUACAGUUCCCGGCUAUCGAGGUUCCCAGUGAGAUCGAUGCAGGGACCAAGCCCCUGUUGCCUGAGAUCUACUUCUCCCUCUUCGCCGAUCAAGAUAUCGAAUCUGUGCCAUCAACCUCGAAUAUCGCAGCUUCGUUGCUUCGUGACGCUGUCGUGGAUACUAUCAAUAUCCUUGACUUCAACAGGAACAUCGUUGCAAAGUUUCUGAACGAGAUUGACUGCUUCUGGGCCAAAGAUACGUUCGUCAAGCGAUCGACCACUUUCGACAAACUGCGGGAGCUGCAAGAGGGUAGACCUACUUGGAAGCCAGAGGAUGUCAUCAUCGACGCGGUGUUCUCGCAAAUAUUUCAGCUUCCUCAGCCCGAGCACCGCCUCGUGUAUUAUCACUCUCUGAUCACUGAAUCAUGCAAGAUUUCGCCAGCUGCAAUUGCCCCCAGCUUAGGCCGGGCCAUUCGCUUUCUCUUCCGCAACAUUGACACGAUGGACAUGGAGCUCAUGUAUCGAUUUAUGGACUGGUUUGCGCAUCACUUGAGCAAUUUCGAGUUCAGAUGGAAGUGGACUGAAUGGAUUCCGGAGCUUAUCGCCUCCGACCUGCAACCUCGCAAAGCAUUUAUUAAUGGCGUACUUGAUAAAGAAAUUCGCCUCUCAUUCGCCAAGCGCAUCCGGGAGACGCUACCACCUGCCUAUCACCCGCUCAUUCCGGCCAGCAAGGAGAAGGACAUGCCGGAUUUCAAGUUUGCUGCUGAUGAGACGCCUUACGCGAAAGAAGGUCGCGAAGUUCUCGCCAUGCUCAAGAAGAAAACGCCCGAGGACGAAGUACAGAAAGUGCUCGACUCUGUUCACGAGCAAGCGACUUCUCUAGGCGUUACAGAUCCCCUCGUACCCAGUACCGAUAUCUAUAUGACCGCAAUACUCAGCAUAGGAUCUAAGUCCUUGUCUCACGUUUUGUCCACAAUCGAUCGUUGCAAAGAACGUUUGCUCGAAAUCGGCCAAAAGUCAGAACCUGCUCGUCGGCAGAUCAUUGCUUCAGUUGUGGACUUUUGGUCGGACCAUCCCGGCACAGCAGUCAACAUUGUCGACAAGUUGCUCAAUUACACCAUCAUCACUCCUAUGUCGGUGAUUCAAUGGGCGUUGCAAGACAACAUCAGUCGUGGACGCGUGCUAGCCUCAUCACAGAUCUACGAGAUGAUAGCCAUCACAAUGUUCAAGGUUACAAAUCGCGUACGACAAGUGUUGCGCGAGCGCAACAAUACCAAUCUAUCUUUCGAGCAGCGAAAACAGAUUGACGAGGCACUCCCGCGAGAGCGCACUGGCAUGCGAGAUCUCUUCGCCACGAUCGAAGAUACCGUAGCCUCGGUUGCCUCGGGUGCACAAGAUCAAAUGAUUGAACGGUUCGAUGGCUCUGAAUCCGAGAACGAAUUGAUUAUGCGCUGGGGCGUCCACUGGGCACGGGUCUGGCGACGGAAGGCCGCGGUGGAGGAAGCGAUCGUUGGAGAACAGGUCGUCGGUCCUUUGGAAGAGCCACCUGCAGCAGCAGACACAGCUAUGGAGAAUUUCGAUGAAGUGCUCUGAGAUGGUAGACGGUCUGCUCUGAAGAAAAGAAGCCACCACACCAAUACUGAACAAUAUGUUACUCUCAGGGACGAGCCUCAAGCCGCUUUCGCGCGCAUGUGUUCUGAUUAACGGCUUUGGUUUUUGGUAGCGAGAUUAUAUGUACAGGAUUCGCAUAUGUAUAAGACUACAAGAUCAAAGCGGAUGCCAGAGCAAACAUGCGCAGAGUGAUCAAACAUGUUCCAAUCACGACGACCACCAUGACCUAUAGUGUAAAUUCGAGUGGUAUCGUGACAGAUGAAUUUACUCUCCAUUUUUCGCGU